UUUCGUCCAAUCAGAGAACGCACUUGUUUCCGUCUGUAUAGAUUUCGCGCGCGGCUGUUCACUCUUUUUAAACAUACUGUAGUUAAAUGAGGAAUCCGAGUUUUACGCUGGUUUUGUAUCAGUUUUUUUAAAUAAGACAUUAAUGGAACUUUAAACAUCUGCUGAAACGCUGUACUGUUUUACCUGUGCAGGGCCGCCUCCAUGGUGUCGGCGCGAUGAAGCUCCAGUGCGACGUCGAAGUGAUCCAUCGCAUGCUGCCGACGUAUGGGUUGAAAAACCGAGGCAGGGGGACCAGGGCGGUUCUGUCCAUUGGAAAACAUCUUGAUAAAACCACUCGGCGCAAUAAUAUAUACCUCAUGAUCUGCACGCAGAAGGACAGGGCCGGAUCCAAAUACAAGUUAAAGGAGAACAUUGAGAAGUUCUUCACCUGGUUCGUGGAUGAGGGUAAAGCCACCGUGAGGCUCAAAGAGCCGGCCGUGGACGUCUGCUUGAGUAAGGCCGAUGCCAACAGCCUGAAGAACUUCCUUUCCGCUGCCAGGCUGGCCCACAGGGGAAGCGACUCAGACACAUUACCCCUGUCCACCCUCACGCCCGUCCGGGCACGAGAUGUGGAGAGGCCCAAGAAGAAGUUGGCCAUCCUUUCCAAGAAAGACUAUCCCCUGACGUCCAAUUUCCCGUACUCCCUAGAGCAGCUGCAGGUGUCUUACUGCAAGCUCUCCCGGGUCGACAUGCGCAUGCUUUCUCUCAAGAGUCUGCGUUGCCUGGACCUAAGCAACAACCACAUCAAGAAGCUUCCAGAAACCAUUGGUGACCUGGGCUGCCUUGCAGAACUUGUCCUCCACAACAACCACCUGGAAACCUUCAGUGCAGCACUGUGCCUUUCCAGUCUGCAGCGCACCCUAAAGCUCUUAGACUUGAGUCGGAACCGUCUGCACGCUCUCCCCGAUCAGUUCUGCCAGCUACGCGAGCUGAUCAGCCUGAAGCUGGACAACAACUUGUUGGAACGGAUGCCGUCCCGCAUAGGCCAGCUGUCGAAGCUUCGCUCCCUGUCCGCCUCCCACAAUAAGCUGCCCUUCCUGCCCGCUGGUUUCCGCCAGCUGUCACUGGAGAACCUGGACCUGUUUGGCAACCCGUUCGCCCAGCCCAAUUCAUUGGACCACACUAUGCGGCUCACCUUCCCACUCGCUCUGCAGGAAAUGGCUUCCCGGGCUGUGCUGGACCUCAGAAUCCCCUUUGGGCCCCACCUUAUCCCUGCUCAUCUCUGCAAAGAGCUGGAACUGGCAAAGACCUGUGACUGUGGCCGGACAGUAGUGGAUGCCUUCAUCCAGAUGGUGGUCAGUAUGAACCUGCACCUGGUGUCCCACAUGGUGGUCCUGGUGGACGACAUGGGGAGCACAGAAGCUCCUGUGCAACGCUACUUUUGCUCGCUGGCUUGCUACUCCCAGUUCCUGGACAUCUGCCUGCGGCGUGGAGUCAGGUGAUGGCCGAGGCCGAGGGCCAGAGUUUAGUUCAGCAGUAAUGGUAUAUGCCGACCUCUUGGGGCCGAGGCAGACUUCCCACCUUCUAUGACGAAUAAGGGGCAGGCUUCUGGCUGUGACACAUUUAUGUCCGGUUGACUCACCAGCCACAGAGGCAUGCAUAACUAUAAAAAAUCUUUAGUUGUUUUGCAACCCUGGUGUGAACUUCUUUUCCAGUUUUUGACUUUUUUUUUUGUGGUAAGACUUACUGGAAAUAAAUGUGAAUGAUUAAGGCGAAGGACUUUACUCAUGCUUAAGGAAAUGACUUGCCUAAAAAUGCACAAGUUUGGUUCGAAAUGAGUAUUUUCUGUUUUGUUCAGUUCAGGAAUGUUUGUUUUAGGUAGUUUUAGAGAACUUUUAUUCCUGUAGAAUCAAAGCACUCCAACAUUAAACCAGUUGAGAAUAUAUUCCAUGCAAUGUUAUGUUAUGUUGAACUAGUUUUGGUUGUACAAGCUCUGAAAAUGGUUUACAAGAUUGAUUUGAGGAGUCGGUAUACUUUUUGUGGUUUGUAUAUGUGUCAAUGAAUUUUUUCUAAUCAAUAAUGUAUUUGUCAGAUAUUAAAUAAAAGAAAAUAUUUGAAAUGAA